AUGCUCACGCCCGAAGAGAUUCAGGCCGAGCCUCUGCUGCGCGCCAACCCGCGCCGCUUUGUCAUCCUGCCCAUCCAGCAUGAUGCCAUCUGGAAAAUGUACAAGAAGGCCGAAGCUUCCUUCUGGACGGUCGAGGAGGUGGACUUGGGUCGUGACCUGGUCGACUGGAACAAGCUCAACAAGGACGAACAAUUCUUCAUCAAGCACGUCCUGGCCUUUUUUGCCGCCAGUGAUGGCAUCGUCAACGAAAACCUGGUUGAGCGCUUCAUGACUGAAGUCCAACUGCCCGAGGCCCGCUGCUUCUACGGAUUUCAGAUUGCCAUUGAGAACAUUCACUCUGAGAUGUACUCGCGCCUGAUUGAGACAUAUGUCAACGACUCUGCUGAGAAGGACAGCCUCUUCAACGCCAUUGAGACGCUGCCAGCCGUGCGCCGCAAAGCCGAGUGGGCCAUGCGCUGGAUCAGCCACGACAAGGCCUCGUUUGGUGAGCGUGUGGUGGCCUUUGCGGCCGUCGAGGGCAUCUUCUUCUCGGGCUCCUUUGCUGCCAUUUUCUGGCUCAAGAAGCGUGGCCUCAUGCCUGGCCUCACCUUCUCCAACGAGCUCAUCAGCCGCGAUGAGGGUCUGCACACUGACUUUGCUUGCCUCAUGUUCAGCAUGCUCAAGAAGCGCCCUUCCAAGGAGCGCGUGACCGGCAUUAUCAUGGAUGCCGUCGAGAUUGAGCAGGAUUUCCUGACCAACGCUCUCCCCUGCGGUCUCCUCGGCAUGAACGCUACCCUGAUGAAGCAGUACAUUGAGUUUGUCUCAGACCGCCUGCUGGUGGCCCUGGGGUGCGAGAAGAUCUUCAACUCGGAGAACCCCUUUGACUUUAUGGAGAGCAUCUCCAUCGAGGGCAAGACCAACUUCUUUGAGAAGCGCGUGGGCGAGUACCAAAAGGCUGGUGUGAUGGCCGACAAGGACCAGCACGUCUUUACCUUGGAUGCUGACUUUUAA